AUGGUCAAGUCUAAAAAAAAGAAAAACCAACAGAAGAAGGGAAAUUUCUGGGAUUACAGGUGGGGACCUAGAGGAAAUAUGCCCCCAUGGAUGAGAGGUCCUUGCCCAGGUAACAUGUGGGGACCCAGAGGAAAUAUGCCCCCAUGGAUGGGAGGUCCUUGUCCAGAUGACACGUGGGGACCCGGAGGAAAUAUGCCCCCGUGGAUGGGAGGUCCUUGUCCAGAUGACACAUGGGGACCCGAAGGAGAUAUGACCCCAUGGACCGAAGAUCCUUGUCCAGAUGACACGUGGGGACCCGGAGGAGAUAUGACCCCAUGGACCGAAGAUCCUUGUCCAGAUGACACAUGGCAACCCAGAAAGAAACGCAGAAAAUAUACGCAGCCAAAUAUGAGCGGCCCCUGUCCUAAUAUGUGUGAUCCUAAAGAGAGCAUGUCUUCAGGACCUAAUGCACCUGACCAAAGGCAGUGUAGGACUUUUGGAGGGCCAGGAAAGUCAUCUUCUGGGAUGGAAGGAUGUGGCACUAACAGUCAGGAGAAUGAUCCAUUGCCACCUGGUAAUUGUAGCUCAAUUCAGCCCACUUCAGAAAAUGCUGCAGAUAAUCAGAGGCAUUACACAGAAGAGAGUGCUGCAAGAAUUCUCUCAAACUUUGGCUUAUCUGCUAAAGAUUUGGAGGAAUUUGGCCACUAUUCAGAUGAUCAGCUGAAGCCUGAAAACAUGGCUAUGAUUCUGAGGGACAUCGUUGAGCGCAAGAAGGCUCGUCAGUUGCCCACUUCAUCUCAGGGCAAAGAAGAGGAAACCUCUGGUGGACAUGGUGGAUCUGAUUCCCAGAUGAAAAGUAAGUCCAGUUAUGAAUAUGGCAGCAAGUGUGUAGAAACCAGGCUAACCAGUGAUCCCAUGAAGACUUCAGGGUUAAACUAUGGCAUUUUCUACCACAUGAUGCAGUGACAGCCACCAAUGUGGAAGAAUUCAAAAGUGGAUUAGACAAAUUCAGAGAGUAAGGCUUGUUAUGAUGGUUGCUUGUUAUGAUGAGGGAUGCAACCUCCAGGAUUGGAGGAUGGGCACAUCUGUAUACUAGUAGCUGGAGAACAGAAGCGGGCAGUGCUGCUUGUGAUCUCUGCAGAACUGGCUGCUGGGCUAGAUAGGCUGCUGGCGUGAUCAGGUAGCUGGGCUCUUUUUAAGCUCUUACAAACACUGGUGGAGAAGAAAGACGACAGUUUGGGUUCCAGGAAAGCACCGUAGAUAUCUUGCCCUCUCACACACCCAUGGGUACUAUAAGCAAGGAGGUUUUUUGGGGAGGGGGUGUUUUUUGUUGUUACAGUUACUUAUAUCCUGCCUUUCAGGAUCCGAAUCCUUCCAAUGCGGUUUACAGGUGACAUUAACCUACAUUUUUUUCAAAAAAAGAUACCAUAGUAUAGAAUCCCAUCAGUAUCCUGCCUACUGGGCAAUGUCUGGCAGAAUUAUUUAUUAGUUUAUUUAUUAAUUUCAUUUCUAUCCUACCUUUUUAUCCAGGGACCUUGAGGGGGCGUACAUGGCUCUCCCUCUUCUCUUUUUGUCCUCACAACUGCUCUGUGUGAUAGGUUAGGUCGAGAGGCAGUGACUGGCCCAAGGUCACUUUGCAGGCAUUGUGGCCGAGUGGAGAUUUGAACCCUGGCCUCCCAGCUCUGUGUCCUACACUAACCACUACACCACUGUGGAUCUUCAGAAUGGCCCUGGAGGAUGGGAGGGGUUCAGCUGGAUCAGACCCCGAUGCAUUGUUUGCUUACUGUCCCCUGCGCAGAGUAGUUGAUGGGAAAUGAUCUUUUUGGGGGGCAGGAAGGAGAUAUCCAGUAGGAGCAAGCUUCGAGGUGGCCUUUGCCCUUGGCACCCUCUCUCCUGGAAUUUCGUUGGCAUCCAUCUGUGUUGCAUAACAGAAUCAUACCUUCCCUCAGCAGGACCUGGUGUACCGUCAGCAGCUCAAUCCGCAACAACACCUGCGGCUUCGUUGAUGCCUCAGUCUUCAGGAUCUCCAUCUCCGUCAAUGAUGAACGAUUAUCAUGCUGUGUCGCCAACAGUACUUCCACACGUGUGUUCUCUGUGUAAAAUAGAAUGUGCAGAUAUGACAGUGAGUUCUUUGUUUUUGCAGGAAAAAAGUGCACACGGUUGUAUUGAGCCCAGGAUGAGUGCAUUUUCCACUCUGGCUUUCAAGCAGAUCUUAACGCUAUGAGGAGUGGUUGAUGUUAUCCUGGGGAAGUCAACAUGGUGACUGCCAAAUGUUGUUCGACAGCAUCACUGCAGCAUAUCUCCCCUCCCCUAAUCCCCAAGGAGACAUCUCUGCCACCUCAGGGCCUCAUGAAUCCCCACGUCCAGAACGCCCAUUUGACAUCGGUGGGAUUCAAACCUGACACCAUGUCUGGAGACUCUUGUCUUAUCUAACUUUGAGCUGCUGUUGUCUAUUUUAAUAUUAAAUGCAUUGCACAGUAUUGAACAUUGUCCAGUGUUAAACUCAUACACAGGAUUGAAGAUCAAGUGAGUGUGUUUCUACUCUGCUGUAGAAACUCAGAUAUAUAAGCUAGGUGACAAAUGGCUCCUUAAACCAAGGUGUCAGUUGCCAAAAUGGAAUGUCUAGUUGCCAUUUGGGGGCCAGAUGGAUCUGAAGUCUUAUUUUACUAAUGAUGGACUGACUGUGAUUGAUUCUCAGUUAAACAUCUGGCUAGUUCAAGCGACAACCUUGAGCCAGGUUAAGAACUUUGACUAUCACGAUCCCAGGAUCCCCAGGCAUGCACCUCCAGGUUGUGGAGACAUCAGGCGCCAUCCUGGCACCCAGGCAUCUCCACUUGGUUGUAAGUGCCUGGUAGCUAGGUGCAAAAUGUGCUUGGCACCUGGCUAGUUUUCAGCACUGCCACGGACUCUCAUGACCUUAAAUGACGAGAUUAUGCAGUUUUAUAGAUGGAAGCUCCAUCAAUGGGUAUUGGGCAUAUCACUAAGUGGAACUUAGUGUUUUAUUUUUAUAAAAAGUGUAUAUACCGCUAUGUGUUUUUUUAAAAAAUUAGUUGCUGCUGGGAGAAGCAGCAGCAGCAGCAGCAGAGGAGGGCCCUUCUGUGGGUUUCUCAGAAGCAUCUGGCGGACUGCCGCAGGAGAAGGGAUGCUGGACUAGGUGACACUUUGUUCUCAUCUAGCAUCCAGGCUUUUUUGUUUUCUCAUGCUGAUUUCUUCCCUCUCUCCCUGUAGGGCUGGAAUCUGCACGUGCGCACUGCUGCACACUCCGAGAAAUGUGAUGAGCUACGCCAACAGUAAGGCCUUUCAUUUUAAUUUAUUGGGAAUAGAUUGAGGAUUUGAAAUGGUUUGAAAAGGACUGCCUGGAUAGCACAGGGCUUUGCUAAAAGCAGCAGAGCCAUUGCUUACAUGCCUUGCCACAAACCUCAGCCAAGGAAGUUGUGGGAGCUCACCUUUGAAGGAACGGUGCCUGCUCUAGGUUGUGUUUUGCCUGAAUUUGUAUAAGUGGUCUGUAGGCCGAUUGUGGAGCUGAACCAGGGAAGAAGGCAGAAGCUCAGAGGCAUCUCAUCUUGCAUUCUGUGGCUUUUAGAUGCCUGUGGAGCAUGAGCAGAGUUUUAUGAGGUGUGGCUUCAGGACAAACCAGUUCUUUGAGGAGCUGGGACCUGAAUCUCAUGCCAGGGAGCUUUUGGAAUACUGGGUCCAAGAGUCAGGGAAUCCUCAUGGAAUCACCUGUAAACUUUCCCAGAAGAUCAGUAGUAAGAGAUUAAUAAUUUGGACAAAAGAAAUAAUUUUCAGUUUUAGAAACUUGCCUGAAUGAUAAUGGAAUGGAGUACAUGUACUGUGUCAAAGGAAUAAUACAGCUGUUUUGCGGGCUUUUCUUGAAACAGGUAUCCUGACUGGAAUCCAGAAGACUGCCCUUCAUUACAGAGGUAACCUUUCAAUCUCAACAUGAAUACUCAGUAAUGAGAUUAGGCUGCAGUAAUCACAUUUCCCUGUUGUCCCCGAUGGUGUGGGUUUUUGGAGACAUUUUGAAUGGGAAAUUGUGUAUGAGGGUAUUCUGCACUGGGACAUUUUCUGAUGCCCAAGAAAGUGAUCUGUGAUCUAAUUCUGGUCCUUCAUUGUAUUUAGUAGAGAAAACUCAAAAAUGUAAAACUGCCAAGUAUCUGCAGUUAGCCCCCGUUCAAUGCUUAUUAGGAACUAUGUAACAAGAAACACUGCUGCAGAAAAAGUACCCCCCCCCGGGACAAUAUUUUCCACCCCAGGUUACUGGUUGUCCCUGACCUGUACAUGUAGGAGCUGUCGGAGUUUCUCUGGUAUGAAGCUGGGCAUUCUGUUCCCGUCAUCUGAGUUCCUUUAGUCAUUGGAUGCUGCAGGCCCAUCAGCCGUAUUCUGUAGACUUUUGAUGCUUUUAGCUUUAACCCUGAGAGUUCCUAUUUCUAGUUGAUUUCCAUUUGCAAAAAUAACAUCUUGGCAGAUCUGAUUUCUCCUUUUACAUUUGAAAAAGAGAAGUCAUUCAAAUCCUGUUUUUUCUGCCUUUUGCAGACAUGAAGGCGACAAGAAGGAAAAACAUAUUCCAAUGCCAUGCUCUACCAGUUCUAACCCGAACGCUCCACAGCACUCAAUUCCUGGCCAUGCCUCAAGUCAGACUCGGUCACGAUCUAGGAGCCCUGGGCCCCACAGCAAACGGUCACGAUCUAGGAGCCCCAGAUGUAGGUCCAGGUCUUCAGAGCGACCAAGCUCCCCCAGCUCGAGUUCUCAAAGCUCUUUUAGCCAGAAGAGAGAACUGAGAAAAUCAACUAGAUCUCUAGGUAAGGUGGAUGUUACAGAUGCUUCAUUAACUGGCCUUUGGUUUUUUGUAAGCAGGAUUAUGAGUGUGAUAAUGGCAGGCGUGUUGCAGUGGCUUUGGCUCAGUGAAUACUUUGUUCUGUUCUGGGGUUUUUCUCCUGGCUUUGUCAUUGUGUCAAUAUAAUGCCUGCCAAGGAGACCAAGCUUGUUCCUAUAUUGGAUUGUGUGAAUGACUCUGCAACUCAUUUCAAAAUAGGUUGUUGGUUGAUCUCAGCCAUUUCACUCCUCUGGAGUUUUCCCCCACCCACUUGGUAUUUUUUACAGUUGCUUAGUACAAUUAUCUUCUUGCACUCAUGCUAUGCAGGGUAGAACUUUGUUGCAAAUUCAGCAGUGACCAAGGAUCAGGGGAGAUAUUCUGCUGCUUCCCUGCAGUAUUGUUGCCAAAGGUAGACCUGAAGUUGUUGCAAUAGAGCGUUGAUGAACUGCGGGGGGGGGGGGGUUAUUGGUUCCAUUUUGUAUCUUUUGGGUUUUUAAAUCUUGUAUUUUUAUGUUGUGAACUGCCCUGAGAUGUAUGGAUGGAGGGCGGUAUACCAAUUUAAUCAAUACUACUGCUAAUCAUAAUCAUAAUAAUAAUGAGCCACUUGCUUUUUCUCCCCCUCUUUAGCAUCGUCUGCAGAAGCAGGAAGCUCCAGGGAACCUCCAGCCAAAUCUGAUGCUGCAGAACAACCACCCAACAAGUCAGAGCAUCCACUACUGACAAAUCCCGGCCAUCAGGAACUGCCCAAGAAGGAGGCCGCAACGCAGGAACAAGCAGACCGGCAACCUCCAGCCAAAUCUGAUGUGGCAGAACAACCACCCAACAAAUCAGACCAUCCACUGCAGACAAAUCCCAGCCAUCAGGAGCUGCCCAAGAAGGAAGCAGCAAUGGAGGAACAAGCAGACCGGCAACCUCCAUCCAAAUCUGAUGUGGCAGAACAACCACCCAACAAGUCAGACCAUCCACUGCAGACAAAUCCCGACCAUCAGGAGCUGCCCAAGAAGGAAGCAGCAAUGGAGGAACAAGCAGACCGGCAACCUCCAUCCAAAUCUGAUGUGGCAGAACAACCACCCAACAAGUCAGACCAUCCACUGCAGACAAAUCCCGACCAUCAGGAGCUGCCCAAGAAGGAGGCAGCAACGCAGGAACAAGGAGACCAGCAACCUUCAGCCAAAUCUGAUGUGGCAGAACUCGCACCCAAGUCAGACCAUCCACCACAGACAAAUCUCGGCCAUCAGGAGCUGCCCAAGAAAGAGGCAGCAACGCAGGAACAAGGAGACCAGCAAAAGGAGACCAGGAAGAAGACCAGGACAAGGAAACGAGGAAAAAGGAGACCAGCCAAAUCUAAUGUGGCAAAACCUCCAGCCAAAUCUGAUGUGGCAGAACAACCACCCAACAAGUCUGACCGGCCACUGCAGACAAAUCCCGGCCACCAGGAGCUGCCCAAGAUGGAGGCAGCAACGCAGGAGCAAGCAGACCAGCAACCUCCAGCCAAAUCUGAUGUGGCAGAACAACCACCCAGCAAGACAGACCAUCCACUGCAGACAAAUCCCAGCCAUCAGGAGCUGCCCAAGAAGGAAGCAGCAAUGGAGGAACAAGCAGACCGGCAACCUCCAUCCAAAUCUGAUGUGGCAGAACAACCACCCAGCAAGACAGACCAUCCACUGCAGACAAAUCCCGACCAUCAGGAGCUGCCCAAGAUGGAGGCAGCAAUGCAGGAGCAAGGAGACCAGCAACCUCCAUCCAAAUCUGAUGUGGCAGAACAGCCACCCAACAAGUCAGACCAUCCACUGCAGACAAAUCCCCACCAUCAGGAGCUGCCCAAGAAGGAGGCAGCAGCGCAGGAACAAGGAGACCGGCAACCUCCAUCCAAAUCUGAAGAGGCAGAACAACCACCCAGCAAGUCAGACCAUCCACUGCAGACAAACCCUGGCCAUCAGGAGCUUCCCAAGAAGGAGGCAGCAACGCAGGAACAAGGAGAUCGCCAACGUGAAGAUCAGUUGCGCUUGUCGUUGACGCCUCUUGUAGAACAAAGUGUCAUGCAGGCCCUGUCGCUGCUGCAGCCUGGAGGUGCAGUGGGUGCUGGACUCACCCAAGGAACAAGCUUGCCCCCUGUUGUGCAGAUCGAUCCAGCAUCCCUUGUCUCCAUGAUGCAGCUAGUUGCAACCCAGGUGGUGCAAGCUGCCUUAGCCUCCAAGGAGGCCUCAAGUGUGCGGGAAAGCCCAAGUGUGGCUGGCCCAAGCCCCCAGUUAAGUAUUCCUGCAGGAAGCAAAGAAAAGAAGCAGGAGAGCAGUCAGGAAGUGGUGCCAGGAGUCGUUCCUCCUUGCUCAGGUGAGGAGUUGUCGGGAAGGGGGCUGAGGGUGGGUCUGGCUGUAGAGGGAGGUUGUUCUGCGUUGGAGAUAUCCGUCAAGACUUGCAUUGGUGAUAUAAUGCACAGUCCCUGCUCAGGUUCAGGACUGCCCUGAGAUCCAGCCGGCUUCUCUGGUAGUGGUGAACACACCUGUGCUGUUGCUUCUAGGGUGCAGGGAUCUUUUCUGCAAUCCGUUGGUCCGGUCGACUGGUUCCUUUUGUGGCAUACCGAAUACACAAUGAUAUGUGAUUUUACUGCUUUAUGGCUACAUUUCUAUCCUCCGAUGAGAGAACGUGGCAUACAUGAUUCUCCCCCUCCUCAUUUCACCCCACAACAAUCCUGAGAGCCAGUGUGGUGUAGUGGUUAAGAGCAGUGGACUCGUAAUCUGGUGAACCGGGUUCGCUUCCCCGCUCCUCCACAUGCAGCUGCUGGGUAACCUUGGGCUAGUCACACUUCUCUGAAGUCUCAGCCUCACUCACCUCACAGAGUGUUUGUUGUGGGAGAGGAAGGGAAAGGAGAAUGUUGGCCGCUUUGAGACUCUUCUUUUUCUUCAACAUCACCCACUGAGUUUAAAGCUGAGGGGGGAUUUGAACUCGGGUCUCCCUGGCCCUAGUCCAGCACUCUCACCACUUCACUACGCUGGCUCUUGGGCCAGUGAGGAAAAAUGCUAGUUGAGGCUUCAAGAGCUGUACCAGGAGAGCUGGCGCAUUGCUGUUUAGGUGUUCUCAUUGCUGUGGAUGGAUCUCUUGUGCUUCAAAUACAGCUUGAUGGAGAAGCAAGCGAUUCUCAAGGAAACGGAAGUAAUGAAGUCAGAUCAGGGUUGUGUCAGAGCACAUGUUGCUUAUAUUGUGGUUUGAGGUUUUGCUGAACAGGAAGCUACAUGUGUUCCAAGUAUGGUAACUGUGUACGGAAAGGCUUGCGAGAAUUUCUAAUCCUUUAGUGCUCUUUAGCAGAUAGUUUGUGGAUAGUAUCAAACCUAGAUAUUUUGCUAAGGAUCAGGGAUGAUGGGAGCUGGGAGUCCUGCAUUGCAGGGGUUGGACUAGAGAAUUCUUGGGGACUUCUACAAUUCUAUGAUUCCAUUAACAGCACCUGGAUGGCACCAGGAUCUUCUAUUCUUGACAUAGUCCAAAACUGCUUGGACAUGAGGGGAGUCAGAGAUUUGCUUGCAGGUCACCAGUCUGGGUGAUUGAAGAGCAGGGGUAGGCAACCAAAGGCCCAGGGGCCGGAUGCAGCCCAAUCGCCUUCUCAAUCCAGCCCUCGGAUGGUCUGGGAAUCAGUGUGUUUUUACAUGAGUAGAAUGUGCCCUUUUAUUUAAAAUGCAUCUCUGGGUUAUUUGUGGGGCAUAGGAAUUCUGACUCCCCCCCCCCCCAAAUAUAGUCCGGCUCACCACAUGGUCUGAGAGACGGUGGAAUGGCCCACUGCUGGAAAGGUUUGCUGACCCCUGUUGAAGAGGAUUGUAAAUGCACCAGAGAUCAAGAGCCUCAUGGCCUACCAACUGAGCUAUAUAGACUGCACACAAAGGGGUACGUGGUGGCAUCACGUUGACUUUGUUUCUGUUUAGUUGCAGCCCCUGCAUGUAAGGUUUUCUGGACACAGUUGUGUGCAAGGAAGCACAUGCUGGCGUCCGGGAGAGAAUCCCACCUUGGGCUGGGUCACAGGCUGCACGUUGUGUGGCUGGGUUAGGAGGACAUGCAUGAUUUGGGAGCGGCUGGUGCCUCCAGAUGUUAUCCUCCUGCAGCUGGGCAAGAAUAACUUGGGCACACAGAAAGGCAUAGAGCUCAACUCUUGGCAAUGUUGGAUCCACCUGAGCUCAGUAUUUUCUAUACCAUUAUUCCUCAAACUUGAAUUCUCAGCUGUUGUUGGACUAUAACUCCCAUCACCCAUAGCUAGCAGGACCAGUGAUCAGGGAUGGUGGGGGUUGUAGUCCAAUGGCAGCUGGGAAUUCAGGUUUGAGAAAAAAUGGUCUGCACGGACUGGUGGCUUCAGGCAGGGAGUUUCUCCCAGCCCUUUUUGGAGAUGCUGCGAACUGAACCCGGGACCUUUUGGUGCUGGAAGCUGCAUCAUCCUGAGUCAGACCACUGGUCCAUUUAGCGUAAUAUUGCCUCAUUGACUGGCAGAACCUCUCCAGGGUUUCAGGCAUGGAAUGCCGCCAGCCCUGUUUACCUGAAGGAGUGGCUUCACCCCUGUUGCUCGGCCUGGACAUUGAGGUCCAGCUCCGAGGGCCUUCUGGCAGUCCACUCAUUGCUGGAAGUGAAGUUACAGGGAAACAGGGAGAGGGACUUACCGGUAGUGGUGCCUGCCCUGUGGAACACCUUCCUGUCGCUUGUCAAAGAGAUGGGAAUUCUGAAGGCAGCCCUGUAUCGGGAAGCUUUUAAUGUUUGACACUGUAUUUUUGUUGAAGCUGCACUGAGUGGCUGGGGCAACCCAGUCAGAUGGGCAGGGUAGAAGAAAUAAAUAGUUGUUGUUUCGUUGUUUUUGUUUUAAUUACUUAUUUGUUCUUUUAUCUUGUGAACCAUCCUGAUAUCACUUGUUAAAAGGCAGUACAGUGGUACCUCGGGUUAAGUACUUAAUUUGUUUUGGAGGUCCAUUCUUAACCUGAAACUGUUCUUAACCUGAAGCACCACUUUAGCUAAUGGGGCCUCCUGCUGCCAACACGAUGCCAGAGCACGAUUUCUGUUCUCAUCCUGAAGCAAAGUUCUUAACCCGAGGUACUAUUUCUGGGUUAGCGGAGUCUGUAACCUGAAGCGUAUGUAACCCGAGAUACCACUGUAUAUAAAUCUUAUUAUUAUUAUUAUUAUCUGGAGAUGCUGCUGGGGAUUGAACCUGGGAACUUCUGCACACAAAGCAGGUGAUCUGCCACUCCAUGGCAUGGGACUUCAGGUGUGAGGUUGGUGGGUGAGACUUGGGGAAAACAGUGUCACAGGUCAAACUGACGCCUGUGCCGGAACAGAAUAAGCUUGUUGGCUGGAGAUUUCCUACGUCAGCCGUAAAAGGAGCAGCGAAAGGAAUAGCAAAUCCAGCAGACUGCUGUGAAGCUCUGUAUGCAACUGCUAUAGGGACUUGAAUUCAGGUGGCACAGAUUUUGGGAGCCCAAGGGUUCCGUUCUGAAAGGAAAGGAGCAGAUUUCUUGACUAUCGGUGACCUAAGAUAUUUGGGCAGGGAGGGUGGCUGGCUGGCUAAACUGGCUAAGCUGCUCAAUUGCAACUCCCAUCAUCCUCGCUUCUUAGCCUUGCUGGCCAGGGCUGUUGGGACUUGAAGUCCAGCAGCCUCUGGAGUGCCAGAGAUUAGCUACCCAGGUUUAGGGCCAGGGCUGUAAUGUAGGAAUUUUUGGAACAGCUAGGCACCUGCGUACAAACCCCUGACAUAAAAUUAAAAUGUAAGAGGGCACUUGCUCUUCAUGCAAAAGGUCUCAGGUUAAUGUGUAAUUAUCCAGUUUGUUUGUGGGUCGGAUUAGGAUCUGUGUAUGCCCCCUCCUGCAGUUACUUGCAUAGUAGAGGGAUUGUGAUGGCAUCUUGAGAAGGGAGCAGGAGGCAAGGAAACCAAACUCAAAAGCAGCCCACCAAAUAGCCUCAGGAUUCUUCCAAACGGGAGGGAGGCCCAGACAUGAGGUCCGCUGGAGGCCACAGAGUGGGUAGCGAGUAAGAAACCUUCCAAAUCUAGUAGAAUGGCUACUAAACCACCUUUGCUUGAUAUUGCAGCCUGCAUGGAAAGAUUGGAGGCUUCAGGUAGUAAAGGGGACUUGUUCACCUCGAGCUUGUUCGCCGUGCCAUGGCUUCAGAAGGAAGAUGCAAGACCUCCGAAGCAGAAUCUUCCAGCGGAGAUAUCUGCAGGUGAGAAUCUGGCACCUACCUUCACAGUGGUGGGGCUGGCUGGCUUGGAGCUGGGUUUCACCACGGGGCUCCUGUUGUGGGGUUGAAGGGGUUAUGCAAAUUUGGCCAUUGCCACUGCCAGUUUAGGGGGAGGUACCAAAGUGCUGACUGAAGAGCUGACACACACACACACACACACACACAGAGACAUUUUAAAUCUAUAUUUACUUAUAGGUGCUCUCUAUAUUUAGAGAAGCAGAACAAAUGAAUAAAAUCAGAGGGAAUAUGAAUGAGAAGAUAGAAAAAGAUGUAUAGAAAUUUAUUUAUUAAAUUUGUAUGCCACCCUUCCUUCAAAGAUCAAGGGCAGCUCACAACAUAAGAAAUACAAAAUGAGAAUGCAAAAUAGAAAAAUGAGUCAACGUGGCCAGCAGGAUUUUUGGCACCUGGUGGAGCGACAUUGGAGAAACGGCCCAAUUAAGGAAGAGUCCUGAUGAAGUACAUGGGCAUAAUAUUGAGGGCUUAUAAUGAAUUUGUGUGUGGAGUAUGGUGAGCCUUCCCAAUCAAGAAGAAUGGCUACUAAACCACCUUUGCUUGAUAUUGCAGCAUGCGUGGAAAGAUCGGAGGCUUCAGGUAGCAAAGGGGACUUAACUCCCUCGACUUUGUUCACCGUGCCAUGGCUUCAGAAGAAGGAAGAUGCAAGACCUCCGAAGCAGAAUCUUCCAGCGGAGAUAUCUGCAGGUGGGAAUCUGGCACCUAACUUCACAGUGGUGGGGCUGGCUGGGUUUCACCACAGGGCUCCUGUUGUGGGGUUGAAGGGGUUAUGCAAAUUUGGCCAAUGCCACAUCCAAUUUAGGGGGAGGUACCAAAGGAUGGGUCACGAAGAGUCGGACAUGA